GAGAGCUAUAUGCUAAAGUAGUACACAGCAGUGGCACUGGCUUAUCUCUGUGUAUUUUCUAUCUGACACACAGGAACUAUAAGCCCACCUAUACUUUCUGACAACAACCGCAGCAGUAUCGCCUGGAUAAAUUACUGUCAAGCAUGGCUGUGUUUGAGAACUGCUCCAUGCUUUUUGAGCUGAAAACUUUGCCCUUCAAGGAGAAGACUAAGCUGAAAUCAGCAGUAACAGAAAAUGGAGGCAACAUUUCCUUUGUGGUCAAUAAACAGUGCUCUCUGAUAGUGACCAGUAAUGUGUCCAACCUGAGCUCCAACAGGCUGCGUAGCAUUCAAAAAUACCAAACGCCUGUGGUCGGGGUGGAUUAUGUGUACAGUUGUCUGGAGAGAGGUGUUCUUCUGCCUGUGGAUGAAUACAAGCUGGAUACUUCCUCUGCCUUUUCACUUCCUCUUACUUUCUCCUCGAUAAUGCAAAGUCCACUCUCGCAUCAAGUACCAACGAGCAAAGCAGUUGCUGAGCUGUCCAAAGGCCCAGCCAAACCUGUGGACUCUGUCCGCCUAAAUCAGAAGGCAAGGUCUCCAGAGAGGAGUGGAAACAUCCUGGAAAUGUUCAGAAUUUAUACUGAAACUGAUUUUGAUCUUCCAACGUAUCCGGAACAUUUUCAAGUGGCGAAGUAUUCAAUCUUUGAAAAGAUAAACAGCAAGACUUGGUGUGUGCUGGAGCUGCAGUGUUACAAAGGAGAGAAAGGAUGGCAGUACCGUGUGGUCAGGUACUGGAAGGACGAUAUAGGAGCCAAGAAGGCGGCGGUGAGGGAUAUGCUGGUGUUUCUGUCCACCUCAGAGGAAGCUCUGGAGGUGUACAAGGCCCUGAGAGAGAGACUGCAGGCUACUGGUCUGCAGCUGAGGAACAACACGCCUCCGCAGGCUGGGGACCUGGGCUCAGCCCCCCUCCAACAGCUGCUGCUGGAGGAAAAGCUGAACACAGGAAGCUUAUCACAGGAAGUGGGCGUAUUUGUGGAGCUGCUGUGGACUGAGGCCCUGGGCUGCCUUAGCAACAUCCUCAGAGUUCCGAUCGAUAAGCUCAGCCUCAACGAUGUGAGCAGGGCGGAGGGCUUGUUGCUUCAGGCUCAGAGGAAGCGGAGAGAGGGAAAUACUGAUGAGGUGGUGUCCCUCCUCGGUGAGGUUUACACCCUGCUGCCGCACAUACAGCCACUGGUUUACCACUUGUCUCCCACUGCCAAGUUCAUCUCUCAGAAACUAGACCUCUGUCAGUUAAUCAAAGAUGUUCUGAAUGUGAGCGAGAUGACUCUAAGAAGCCCCACGCCGUCUUGUCUGGGGAAGUACCGCGCUCUGAGGUGCAGCAUUGAGACUGUUCCCCCCGGCACCGCCGAGUUUCAGGCUGUGACCGCUCUGCUGCAGGACAGGAAGGUGCAGGUCCAGCGGGUUCUGUCUGUCAGCAGAGGGGUGGAGCUACAGACGUUUAAGAGUGAUAUCGGGAACAUUAAGCCCCUCCUCCAUUCCUCCAGCCCCAGCAACUUUGUAGGACUGCUGUCUCGUGGUCUGCUGCUGCCCCGUGUUGGAGUGGAGCAUCAUGGGAUAGAGAGAACAGAUGUUGGUAAUUUGGGAAGUGGAAUCUACUUCAGUGAUGCCAUGAGCACCAGUUUGAAAUACUCCAAGCCCAGUGAGACAGACGGCUCUCGGCUGCUGUUGGUGUGUGAUGUGGCGUUGGGACGAUGCGAGCGGGUACACAAGAGAGACCUCACACUGACCCAGGCUCCUGAGGGCCACCACAGCGUGCACGGGGUCCGCCGCACCCCUAACACUCCCUCUGAGUUUGAGGACGACGAGUACGUGGUUUACAGUCCUGAUCAGGUGAAACUGAAGUAUGUGGUUCAGUUCAGCGUCGAGGGAGAACAACUGAAGGAGUUCAGUCCUGCCAUCAACACCUCAGCUGAGCUGGGUGUGCCCUCUUUAGACCAGCAAGAAACAGCUCCAGAGUGUGUCUUGGACGAUGAGGGGUUUGAAACCAUCAAAAACCCACUGGCGGAUGUGACAGCUGGACUGUUGGACAGUUCUGGUCAGCAGCUCCCUCUGCAGGCCGUCCACGUGAAGUGCAAGCUGAUGGAUCUGCUUUCUCAGGUCAUCAUUUUCCAGAAAUACACCAACCUGAGCGCUGUGCCCAUUGAGGCAAAGUAUGUCUUCCCGUUGGAUGAUUCUGCAGCAGUGUGUGGAUUUGAAGCUUUCAUCAAUGGGAAACAUGUGGUGGGACAGGUGAAGGAGAAAGAGCAGGCUCGCAAGGAGUACAAGCAGGCUAUUGAAAGAGGCCAUGGAGCCUACCUCAUGGACCAGGACGCCCCCGAUGUAUUUACCAUCAGUGUUGGCAAUCUUCCGCCCGGUGCGACUGUCCUCAUUAAAGUUACAUUUGUGUCUGAGCUGAUCGUCCGGGACGGGAGCAUUCUCUUCUCCCUGCCUGGGAGUGUGGCUCCGUGGCAGGAGAGUGCAGCGCUCAACCAGACCACACAAGUCACUGUGGAGAAGGUGUGUGUGACUGAUGAGGCAAGAGAGUUCACUCUGGACAUGUCAGUUGAGAUGCCGCAUGAGAUCACCAACCUACAGUGCAUCACUCACAAAGUCAAGAUCAAGAGAACCGACUGUAAGGCGGUGGUGAGCGUGCUGCCAGGAGAGGUCAUGGGUCAGGAAGGUUUCCAGCUGUCAGUCACUCUGUCUGAGGUCCACCUGCCCAGGAUGUGGGUGGAGAAACACCCUGACAAGGACAGUCAGGCCAGCAUGUUAGUUUUCUAUCCAGACUUUGAAGACCACUCCAGUUCAGCGUCCGAUGAAGUCAUCCUCUUGCUGGACACGUCCGAGUCCAUGAAGGAAGAGUCUCUCCGCAUGGCCCAGAAACUCGCCAUGCAGGUCCUCAAAACCCUCGACCACAACCUCAGGCUCAAUGUCAUUUUCUUUGGCACAGAUCACACAGAAGCUUUCCUGGCAGCACAGCCGUAUGCUAAAGCCCGUCCAGCAGCCGAGAGCUUCAUCAAGCGCUCCAGCCCAGUCGGGGGCAGCACUGAGCUGUGGCGGCCUCUGCGAGCUCUCAGCCUGCUGCCUCCAUCCCGCGGCGUCAGGAACCUGCUGCUGCUGUCGGACGGCCACAUCCAGAACGCGGAGCUCACCUUGCAACUGCUCAGAGACAACGCUCAGCACAGCCGCCUCUUCACCUGCGGUCUCAGCCCGACAGCCAAUCGGCACAUGCUGAGAGCCCUGGCCAGGGCAGGGGGUGGAGCCUACGAAUUCUUCGACACAAAAACCAAACACAAUUGGGCAGAGAAGGUGGCGUGUCAGGUGAAGCGUAUGUCGUCUCCUGGCUGCAGUUCAGUGUCAGUAAAGUGGCAGCAGUUCAACCCAACAGCGGCCCCUCCUGUGCAAGCCCCCAAGCAGCUCAAUGCUCUGUUCAAUGACUGCCACACCCUGGUUUACGGCUUUGUUCCACACUGCACUCAGGCCACCCUCCUUGGAAACCUGAGCGGUCAGGAACUCAAAACCAUGGUGUCGACCAGUGAGCUGCAGAAGACCAGGGGCACGUUUCUUCACAAGCUCACAGCAAGGGCCCUCAUCAGGGAUUACGAAGACGGAAGCCUGGAUACCAAUGAAGCUGAACAUGAGGGGAAGAAAGCGGAGUUGAAGCGCUUCAUCAUCGACUUAAGCAAGGAGUUCUCCAUCCUGUCUCAGUUCACCAGCUUUGUGGCCAUCGAGGAAAGGGACUCCGAACAAACAGAGGAGGGCUUCACGGACAUCCCCAAGUUAAUCGAAGAUGAAGAUGUGGACUUCCUCCCCUACAUCAGCUGGAUUUCUCCUCAGGAUAGUAAAGAGGAUCAGUCAGCGGAUGAUAUGUCUUCGGAGAGGGAAGAAGGUUCAGAGAUGGAUGAGGAAGAGGAUGAGUGCUAUGAUGAUGUUAUGAUGUACCAUGGAGAGGAUGAUAAUGGUAUUCAUUGGGUUAGAAGUUGCUUCGAGUCAGAAGCUGUGUAUGAAGAAUAUUCAGAUGAAGUGAUGACGGAUGGACAUUGUCUGACAGAGGAAGUAAAGGCUCCACGUUAUGCAGCCGAGGCCACCCUCCUUGGAAACCUGAGCGGUCAGAAACUCAAAACCAUGGUGUCGACCAGUGAGCUGCAGAAGACCAGGGGCACGCAUGUCCCGAGCAUGAGACUCAUGAGAAUGAGCUCCAGAGAAGUGUGUCCCCAAAUUUUAAGUAGGCAACCCCUACCGAGAGCCUGUAUGGUCCCUCCCCCUCCUCCUCCUCCUCCACCCACUGCUUCACGUAUGCAAACCCUUGGUCAGUCAGCCCUCUCAUUUGAUCGUCUUCCUGGUCUUCUUCCUGACCUGUCUUGCUCCUACGAUGCCAUGCCAGUUUUUGGCAGUGAGUCACUGGGUGAACCGAUUUCAGGCAGCUCCGGGAUACAACAUGUCAGUCAACCACAGUCAGCGAUGUCCAGUCCAUCCUUUGCACCUGAAAUCCCCACGCUCUUUGGCAGCAUGAGACAUACCACAUCCUCUAACUCAAUGGAAAUGUCUUCUACUGCACAUUCUUCUGCAUUUUCUUCAGCAGUGCGGAUUGUAACUCAACAACAACAACAACAACAACAACAACAACAACAACAACAGUCAGGUUUUGGUUUCAGUAACUCGUGCCUUUUGCCUCAAGUCAAAUCUUUUGGAAGGAGUCUUCCCGUAACACACAGACAGACAACAGCAUAUUUUAGUGGUUUUGCAGCUCGACAACAGUCAAGUUUUGGUCCCAGUGACUCUCUGUCUGAAGACCAACUCAUUGAACAGGAAUUUGGUAUUAUAUCUGUUGAACCACAAAAUCGAGCACGUAUACGUUCUGAGAAGAAACUGAGAAGAGAAAUAAACUCAAUGCCGGAAGCAGACGUUCUACCAUUACGUGCACCUGAUGGAGAUGUACCUCAGGCUCUUUUAUGGAAGGGAUUGCAACCUCGCACUCGAAAGUGCAGUAGGCGCCGUCCUCUGCGUUUAUCAGUUCAUGAACCGCUCGAGGACAAGUCAGCAGAUCCUGAAGGGCUGCAGCUCAGAUGGACAAAGAUCUUCCAGAUGCAGCAUUGGGAGGGCUACUGGGAGUUAACCACAGAACUGGGUGAGCUCCUGAAUGUCAAUGCAGACCUCUUUGCCAACGUCUUCCUGAAGAACAAGGGCAUCCGGUCUCUAGGUGUGAGGGCCCAUGAAGACAUCCUGAGGCUGGUGGCGACUCUUCUGGUUCUGCAGCUGAUGAGGGUGGAGAAGCUGAAGGAGGGCGAACUGCUCCGCACUCUCUUCUGCCUGGACGACUCCCCUCAGCCAAGGCCCGAGUGGUGGGAAGAGGUGAAGAAGGCGGUGGACUGGGUUUGCUGGGCUGACCGGCAGUACCCGUGUAUCUACAGCCGGCUGGAGUUUGGUCUGAGCUGGGAGACCUCCACCCGUCAGCUGCUGGGUUUCGAGGGCCUCCCUCCCUUCUCACCUCUCAGUGGUCUGAACCUGCAGAGGACUGUUGGGCAUCUAAUGGUCCACUGAGCACGCCAACAUAACUGAGGGAGCAUGAAGAGAAGAUAGUGUGAGAGAAAUUUAUAACGCUUUUUCGUUUUUGAGGGAAUCUUUUUGUUUUGGGGCUUUCAUGGCCUUUAUUGACAGGACAGCUUGAAGACAGGAAAGGGGAGGGAGUGUGGGGUGGACACAUGCGGCUGUGGGUCAGAUUCAAACCCACAGCCACUGCCAAGGACUCAGCCUACAUGGGGCGCACACUCUACUGGGUGAGCUAGAGGUCGCCCCGGGAUUAGAUUAUCUUUGUGAUUUAUUUCUUACAUAUGCAUGAUUUAUACUCACUGUAUACACUUAAAUAACCAGAUACUGUUGAUUUCUGCAGUAAUCUGAUUUCUUUAAACUUCACAAAUACAAGAAAUGCAGUUUCUUUAAUCGGUGUAGGGGUUUUGAGAUUUAGAUUUCUCCUGGUUAAUUUCUUAAAUAUACUGAUAUACUAAUAACUGGGUUUCUAACUGCUUUCUACAUGUACGCAUGUCAAUGACAAAGCCUUCAGACAGGGAAAUUAUCACUGUGACAGCAAGGCAACAGGAUAAACGGAAAGGUCAUGAAGAGUAGCAUGGCAUUUGCGUGUUCAGAAUAUUCCCAUCCAAAAUUACACUAAAACUGAAACUACUGUAAUACAACAGCAACUAGAAGUGCAGUUUCCUCUGAGUGUUAAAUUAGACACAGCUGUCUUCCCACUGACACAAACACACACACACACACACACACAGAUACAUACAUAGAAAAAAUCAGGAAGCAGUGCCUUGUAUCAAUACUGCAGUGAAAGUAAUUUAGUGAUAUUUCCGAAUAAGGUCAGAGAAGUGGAGAAAUGUGAUGACUGACCUGCUGCAUAUGUAACCUGGUGUCUGUAACCUUGUUACUUGAGUGCAUCUGAAUCUUUUGUGUGUUUUAUAAAAGUACUGUACCAAAUAACCUGCCUUGUCUUACAUAUACAACUGCCUUACAGCACCUUUGAUUACUUUAUUGUAGGAUAGAAGUUCAAACAGAAGAAAAUAUAAACACACUUACAAGGAGUAAAUGUAUACUGUAUUUACACAUCAUGCUGAAUCCACACAAUAGCUCUCUGAAGCUAAGUUUCCGCUUGUUAGAGCUAGUUGUGUUAGCCUGAAGCAACUGUAAAUGACUUACAGCUAGUAUCCUUGUGCUAUCAAUUAGGAUAUAACACAAUGGCAGGUAUUUUAUCACAUAAUGUUGUUAUUUUGUGGUGGCCAUUCUGAAAUUGGCUGCCCACAACUUGGUAUAGACAUACGUUAAGAAAAAAAAAAUGAAUCAAGAUAAAUACCUAAAACAUACUGUGCAUGCACAUGUGCUGACCUGA